UUUACGCGGGCUUUUGAAAAACAAGAUGGCGGCUGUGUCGAAUGUUUCUUUGCCGGAAAUCAAGAGAGAUCUUCUCUACGCUGUCAAAGAAUGUUCAGAGAGAGGCUUACUUCACAGUGCUAAGUGGGCAGCUGAGUUGGCAUUCUCCAUUCCAUCCUUUACAACACCUGAACAUCUUCCAGUGACUGAUUAUCGAGAUCCAGAAUUUUUGAAAGAUUUUGAUAAAUAUACCUUGGGGAAGGCAUAUUUUGACCUGAAAGAGUUCAAGAGAGCAGCUUUCUUCUUGGAGGAAUGUACAAGUCAGAAAGCAUACUUCUUACUUAUGUAUUCACAUUAUUUGGAUGGAGAGAAGCACAAGAAUGAUAAAAUGAUGGAUGUUUUAGGUCCACAAGAAAAUGUGACUAAUGAGCAUCUGACUUGGCUGAGAUCUGGACUCUGUACAAGACGCCAAGAACUGGAUGGGUUCUGUCUUUACUUAUUGGGUGUUAUACUUAAAAAGCUUGAUCUAAGAGAAGAUGCUCUUGAAGUGAUGCUAGAAGCUGUAAAGAGAGAGCCUCUUCAUUGGGGCGCUUGGCUGGAGCUGUCGUCUCUCUGUACCGACAAGGAAAUGCUUCAGUCAUUGACGCUUCCCUCCCAUUGGAUGGCUCAAUUUUUUCAAGCUCAUGUCGCAAUUGAUCUUCAGUUGAACGAGGAAGGGCUGGAGAGAUAUGCGCAUCUGAGCCAAGCUGGAUUUGCCAACAACAAAUAUGUCUUACUGCAAACUGCACUAGCACAAUACCAUGCCAGAGAUUUUGAUGCUGCAUGUAAGCUGUUCAAACAAGUCAGAGAACAAGAUCCAUAUUCCCUGGAGCACAUGGACACCUACUCCAAUAUUCUUUAUGUUAAGGAAAUGAAACCAGACUUAAGUUACUUAGCACACCACACGAACAGUAUUGAUAAGUACAGAGAGGAAACAUGCUGUGUCAUAGGAAAUUAUUACAGCCUCCACGACCAGCAUGAAAAAGCAGUGACUUAUUUUCAACGUGCUCUGAAACUAAACCCACAGUAUACAUCUGCCUGGACUCUCAUGGGACAUGAGUUUAUGGAGAGGAAGAAUACUUCAGCUGCUAUAGAAGCCUACAGGAAAGCCAUUGAAGUAAAUUAUCGAGAUUACAGAGCAUGGUAUGGGUUAGGACAGACAUAUGAAAUUCUGAAAAUGCCAUUCUACUGCUUGUAUUACUACAGACAGGCUCACAAAUUCAGACCAAAUGACUCAAGGAUGUUAGUUGCUUUGGGUGAAAGCUAUGAAAAGUUGAACACUAUGCAACAAGCUAAAAAAUGUUAUUUCAGGGCAAUGUCAGUAGGUGAUCUUGAAGGGAUGGCUGUGAUAAAGCUAGCAAGAUUACAUGAACAUCUUGCUGAGGAUGAUGAUGCUGCCACGCAAUACAACCGCUAUGUAGAACAGACAGAAGUUGUUGGAGUGAUGUCUGUGGCUGAUUUGUGUUCUGCGUAUGUGUUUUUAGCAAGAUACAACCUAAAGAAAAGAAAUCUAGAAGCUGCUGAGAUGUAUGCUCACAAGUGUUGUGAAUUUAAUGAGGGUAGAGAAGAGGGCAAAGGACUGCUUCGCCAAAUUUCCAACAGCCGGUCUAGUGGAGAUGGUGCCAGAGAGAGUGCAGAUGCCUUCACCCAAGAAUUAUCACUUGCAAAUAUAACUGCUGACCAUGAAACAAUUAUGUCACCUGUGGCACCAACCAACUUGGAUUUCAACACCCCUUGAUAACAUCUGACUUUGCAUAGUUAGGUUAAAAGACGUGAUGAGAUCAAGUUUACAUCUUGCUUCUAUCAACUGCUGGGACUUAAUUUGAAUAUUAGUAUAACCAAACUACUCCACAAUAUUUGCAUAUGGUAACUAUGCUUCUGAUCUAAUGUAUAAAGAGAGAAAUGAGUUAAGACAUGGAAAGUCAAAACCUGGAUAAAGCUGACUUACCGCACUAAAAACAGCCUUUAUCACUUAGCACUAAACUGUUAAUAUUUAAAAUGUUGAUUUCUAUUAGAACAUCAUUAUUCCUCUUAGAUGUGUUUCUCCUCUUGAUUUACUGUAAUCUGUGCUUUUUUAUUAACUAAAGAUGGGUCCAUCCUGUGAAAAAUAAUUACAGUGUGUUACUGUGAGGAGUAAUAUAAUAAUUAUUGUGCAGUAACGGUAACAAUUUUAAUUGUUAAUUUAUUUAGCAAUUAAAAUUGUUUGCCCUUAGUUUGGUGUGUUAAGGUAAUAUUUUUACCAAGGUACCACUAUGGGGAAAAUUAAGCUCCCCAGCCAAGGUUUUAGUACAAAGACAUGGUCACCACAGGUCUGGAAAAAGUCAGGGAGAAAUAAAUUUCUUCAAGGUCAAGAAAAAGUCAAGGAAUUUCAUUUUGGGUCUGGAAGAAGCCCGAGAAAAGUGAACUUCAAGUACAAUAUGAAUUUGUUUCUCCAGUCGUAACCCUCUUCAUAAUGAAAGAUUUGUGAUGUUAAUGUUACUCAGGUACGUUGUUUUAUACAGUUCACAGAUUCUUGAUCCACAUUAUGAUAUCCGUUCCCUUUGUAAUGCAAGUCCAAGUGAAUAAAAUCAUACAUUUUC